AUGCCGUUCGCAGCACGGACAACCGGUCACAAGCUCUUCCUCGGAGCUCAUAUCAGUAGUGCAGGUGGCGUACAAAAUGCUGUCGGUAAUGCUGUUCAGAUUGGCGCGAAUGCUUUCGCCGUGUUUUUGAAGUCGCAACGAAAGUGGGCAAAUCCACCUUUGACAGAUGAUCAAUGCUCCUCGUUUCAUGCGAAUUGCAGAACACAAUCAUAUGAGCAAAGCAAGUAUAUCGUUCCUCAUGGUUCGUAUCUCGUCAACAUGGCACAUACAGAUAAGGACCGUACAGAGCAGGCUUAUACGUCCUAUCUUGACGAUCUCAAACGCUGUGAAAGACUCGGGAUCUCUUUAUACAAUAUACACCCAGGAAACACGGUGUCUAACGACCGAGCCGAAGCCAUCGCACAUCUGGCCGAUAACAUCAAUCGAGCCCACGCUGAGACUAGCACGGUGAUCACCUUGCUAGAGAACAUGGCUGGAGGCGGGAAUGUUCUCGGCAGCACAUUCGAGGAUCUUCGCGACAUCAUCGAGCUCGUGAGCAAUAAAGAUCGUAUCGGCGUCUGCAUCGAUACUUGCCAUACUUUUGCUGGAGGGUAUGAUCUGAGGACCCCAGCGGCGUUCAAAGAAACAUUCGAUAAGUUUGAGGAUGUCGUUGGAUUCAAGUAUCUGCGUGCAAUGCACAUCAACGAUUCGAAGGCGCCCUUUGACUCUCACCGAGACCUCCACGCCAACAUCGGGACUGGAUUCUUGGGUCUACGCGCAUUCCAUACCCUUGUCAACGAUUCUCGCUUCUGGGGUAUGCCUCUAAUUUUGGAGACGCCGAUCACGAUCAUAGACGAUGAUGGCAUUAAACUCAUGGAGAGCCUUCUGGGCAUGGACAUUGAAAGUGAGGAGUUCUUGAGCCUGGAGAAGCAGUUGUCGCGAAAGGGCGAACCAGAGCGAAAGCGCCUCACCGAGCAGCAAGACCGUAAGCGAGAGAAGGAGGCCGCUAAAAAGGCAAAGGCUGGCAGCAAAAGAAAGGGAGCGAAGAAAGCCAGCAGUGAAGAUGACGAGUCUGAACCACUCAGCGACUAA